AUGGGCUCUCAAAUCCAACAACGCCUGUACAUCCUGGACACCGACCUAUCUCACCCUCCCCAAAGUCGCCGUGGGCGCAUCUUAUCAUGUCUAACAGACGGAAGCGACCUUCGAACAGUAGUCGACAACAUGGUAAAUCUGCCCGACGGGAUUGUGAUUGAUCAUGCCAAAGGUCAUAUGUACUGGACCAAUAUGGGAUCUAGCUUGAAGUCCAACGACGGCUCAAUCGAGCGCGCCAACUUGGAUGGUUCAAAUCGACAGAUCAUUGUGCCAGCAGGUGCCAUUGGUGUUUUCACACCGAAGCAAAUCACCAUCGCCAAGCAGAGUAUGAAGCUGUACUGGUGCGACCGGGAGGGUAUGAAGGUCAUGCGGUCCAACUUCGAUGGGUCUGAUGUCGAGGUCCUCGUCUCAACCGGCGACACCAAUGAAAAGAGGGUGGAUCAAAGAAGGUGGUGCGUUGGAAUUGCUGUAGACGAACAGCAAAACGUGUUCUACUGGACACAGAAAGGACCAUCCAAGGGCAACCAAGGGCGGAUUUUCCGCGCACCUAUACAUGCCUCAUUCGAAGACCGACUCCAUCAAAUCGAGAUGGUGAUCGGCGAGCUUCCCGAACCAAUUGACCUCGACAUUGACGAGGAAAGUGGCGCUCUAUAUUGGACAGAUCGAGGAGAUCCUCCUGCUGGAAAUUCACUUAAUCGAGCCAUGAUGCCUGAUGGCGAGAAACACGAAACUCUGGCAAUACGAUUACACGAAACCAUUGGUCUAUCGUUGGACCAGCGGGAGGGUCUAGUCUACGUGACAGACCUUGCCGGUGGAGUCUACUCUGUUGAUACGAAAACGUACAAGAAGACGGUAUUAUUUUCCGAACUGGGUGACAUUACGGGGAUCGCAGUUGUAUAG